AAACACACACACACACUCUCCGGCCGGCAACUUUGUCUUCACCCCGUUCCAUCUCUACUCAUACACACAUUACACACACUAAAAGAUGCCUAAUCUCACCCUUUUUCUAUAUAUACGCAAACCCCUUGCAGCUCAAAUAGUCAAUGACUACCUUUUCAUAUUUGAACGCGAUGAUGAUGAUAAGUCUCUUGAUUUUUCUGUUUGUUUCUAUCAACGGCGUGCCAUUGGCCGAGUCCUCCACUCUCGGGGUGGGGUAUAUUUCACGGUUGCUGGAGAUUCAAGACCGCGAGAGAGCGCCGCCGUCUGUCCAAGUCGCCGCCGCUCACACUGCCCUCAACCGUCUCAUUCCCUCCCAUUCUUCCAGUUUUCAGUUCCGCAUCAUCUCUAAGGAUAUCUGUGGUGGAGAAUAUUGCUUUAAGUUGAGCAAUUAUGCUGCUAUCAGUUAUGGUGGUUCUCCUGAAAUUUUAAUAAGUGGAACUACUGGAGUGGAGAUAUUGUCUGGUCUACAUUGGUACCUGAAGUAUUACUGUGGUGCACAUAUAUCGUGGAGCAAAACUGGCGGAUCACAGCUUUCUUCAGUACCAGAACCCGGAUCUUUGCCCCGUAUUCAAGAUUCUGAGAUAACUAUAACGAGACCUACUCCGUGGAGUUAUUAUCAGAAUGCUGUUUCAUCUAGCUAUUCGUUUGCAUGGUGGGACUGGGAAAGAUGGGAGAAGGAAAUUGAUUGGAUGGCACUCCAAGGUAUCAAUUUGCCUUUGGCGUUUACUGGUCAAGAAGCCAUCUGGCAGAAAGUCUUCCAGCAGAAAUUUAAUAUAAGUGCUCAAGAUUUGGAUGAUUUCUUCGGAGGUCCAGCUUUUCUAGCGUGGUCACGUAUGGGAAAUCUCCACGGGUGGGGUGGUCCAUUGCCUCAAACUUGGUUGGAUCAGCAACUGGAGAUGCAGAAGAGAAUUCUUGACAGAAUGUACGAGUUCGGAAUGAAUCCAGUUCUCCCAGCCUUCUCCGGUAAUGUUCCAGCAGCUCUUACAAGAGUAUAUCCAUCUGCAGAAAUAACUCGUCUAGGGAACUGGUUUACUGUUAGGAGUGACCCCAGAUGGUGCUGCACCUAUCUCCUGGAUGCAACAGAUCCUUUGUUUGUCGAAAUAGGGAGGGCUUUUAUCACACAACAAUUGGCAGAAUAUGGAAGGACCAGUCACAUAUAUAACUGCGACACCUUUGAUGAGAAUACGCCUCCGGUAGAUGACCCGGAAUACAUCUCUUCAUUAGCUGCUGCCAUUUAUAAGGGCAUGGAAAGUGGCGAUGAUGAUGCUGUUUGGCUGAUGCAGGGUUGGCUUUUUACUGACGAUCCAUUUUGGAAGCCUCCACAGAUGAAGGCACUCUUGCAUUCUGUUCCUCUUGGAAAGUUGGUUGUUCUUGAUCUAUUCGCGGAAGUGAAACCAGUCUGGGCUACUUCAGAACAGUUCUAUGGCGUACCUUACAUCUGGUGUAUGCUGCACAACUUUGCUGGGAACAUUGAAAUGUAUGGUUUGGUCGACUCAGUAGGAUCCGGACCUAUAGAUGCUCGUCUUAGUGAAAAUUCAACCAUGGUUGGUGUUGGGAUGUCAAUGGAAGGCAUAGAGCAGAAUCCCGUUGUUUAUGAUCUCAUGUCUGAAAUGGCGUUUCGAUGGGACAGAGUUGACGUGAAGACAUGGAUUGCCACGUAUGUCCAACGACGGUAUGGGAAGCUGGUUCCAUCGAUUCAAGAUGCCUGGAAAAUCUUACAUCAAACAUUAUAUAACUGCACAGAUGGCUUAAUGGACAAGAACAGAGAUGUAAUUGUGUCAUUUCCAGACGUUGAUCCUAAUUCAAUCUUUACUUCAUCCCUAUUGUCAUUACACGUGGCGCGUCGCCUAAGUCUCAGCCGAGUUGUCAAUGAACAAAAUAGCUACGACUAUACUCACCCUCAUCUAUGGUAUCCAACUUCAGAAGUAAUCCGUGCGCUGCAAAUGUUCAUCGUGGGCGGGGACCAGCUCUCGGAAAGCAGCACUUACAGAUACGACGUUGUGGACCUAACGAGACAAGCUUUGGCCAAAUACGCAAACCACCUCUUCGUAGAGGUCGUGGGAGCCUAUCAGGUAGGUGAUCUUCGCAGCGUGAGGCGUCUCAGCCGGAAGUUCCUCGGACUCGUGGAUGACAUGGACACUCUCUUGGCCUCCCACGACGGAUUCCUCCUUGGGCCGUGGCUGGAGAGCGCGAAGAAUCUCGCACAAGACGACCAACAGAGGAAACAGUUUGAGUGGAACGCAAGGACUCAGAUCACAAUGUGGUUCGACAACACAGACGACGAAGCUAGCCUGCUCCGCGACUACGGGAACAAGUACUGGAGCGGGAUGUUGCACGGCUACUACGGCCCACGAGCAGCUAUCUACUUCAAGUUCAUGAUACAGAGCCUGGAGAGAGGGGAGGGUUUCGAGAUGAGAGAGUGGAGGAAGGAGUGGAUCAAGCUAACAAACGAGUGGCAGAGUGGCGGCGGCGUGUUCUCCACCAGUAGCAGCGGCGACGCCCUCAACAUAUCGAGGUGGCUAUAUGAAAAGUAUUUGAAGGAACAAUAUUAGUAGAAGUUGUUUAAGUCCCACAUCGAAAGUGGAGAGGAGUGUUGUAAGAGUGAGUGAGGUAUAAAUAAAGAGGGAAGGAGAAGGAAGAAAAUUGCCUUAAACUAAUGAGUAAGGAAAACAAAGCGGAAGGUGAGAACCGGCCGCCGCAUCUCCAAUAAUGGUGCAUGAAUUUAUGGAGGGGUUAUAGGCUGGCCGAGGCGUAGACGCUGCCUCUUUUGCAGAACUCGCUCAGGCGGGCCUCCCAAAA